AUGGGCAUCAAGGGGAUCCAUCAAGAAAUUGGUGGAGGUGAUCGAGUCGCCUUACUCAAACUCGCCGCUGAAUCUUUGGAGAAGCAUGGACGGCCUUUGCGAAUUGCUAUUGACGUUGCGAUCUGGCAAUUCCAGAAUCAGGCAGCUCAAGGUGGCACCAAUCCUGAAAUCCGAACCUUGUUUUACCGUCUCGUUCGCCUCCUAGCAUGUCCAGUCGAGCCUAUCUUCGUUUUCGACGGCCCCUACAAGCCCGCAAUCAAGCGCAACAAGCAAUCCAGCCGCGGCAGCUCAUUUGCAAACGCACAGGCAAAAAGGUUGGUUCGACUAUUUGGCUGCACCAUUCACGAUGCGCCGGGAGAAGCAGAGGCAGAGUGCGCUCUUCUACAGCAACAUGGAAUCGUGGAUAUGGUUCUGACUGAGGAUGUUGAUGCUCUGAUGUUUGGAUGCACAAAAGUCUUGCGAAAAUGGUCACCGGAGUCGAAACGGGCCACGGAGCCCACACACGUUUCACUUCUCGAUGCGGAAAAACUAAAGCUUGGAUUGCAAGGUCUUGAUCGAGAGGGUAUGGUGCUAGUUGCUUUGAUGAGCGGCGGCGACUACAACCCUGAUGGGCUUCCUGGGUGUGGUGUCAAGGUGGCUCUCGAAGCCGCCAAAGCUGGGUUUGGUACAGAGCUCUGUCGUCUAAAGCCAGCAGAUAAGAACGCGCUCCAGGUCUGGAGAAACUCUUUGAUACACGAACUACGCACCAACGAAAAGGGCUUUUUCAAACGACGAAACCAGGCCCUGAUGAUCCCAGAAACAUUUCCCGACUUCAAAAUCCUGCGCUACUACACACACCCUGUUGUUUCACCACUGGAGAGCUUGGAUGGAAUUCGUGAAAAGAUACACCAGAAAGGCGAGAUCCAGGCCCAGGAGUUACGGGAGUUUACCCGCGAAGUCUUUGGUUGGGAUUAUCGGAUAGGUGCCUUGAAGUUCCUAAAGGUCUUAUCUCAUGCAGCAUUUGUACAGAAGCUUCAAGCUGCAGGGGGGGAAGACCAUGCAGGACUUAUUAAAGGCGUUACGAUUGCCAAAAAGGAUGUUAACCAUGACAUGGUUCCUGUUGUUCGACUACAACAUAUUCCAAUUGAUGUUGUUCCAAUCGACCUGUCCAAGGAAGAGGAAGAAGAAAUCUUACAAGCUCGAACCGGGCUUGCGUUAAACAGUGAUGACGAAGUGGAAGACACAGAGAACAUUGAAGUGUCUGGAAACGCAAAGAGUCGGAGCAAGCCAUACGAUCCUUCCCUUCCACUGGGUGUUUGGGUAAUAAACGCCUUGGCAGAACCCUGCAAGCCAUCUGCUGUUCAGCAGGCCUUGAUAAAAGCCAAGAUUCGAGAAGGGGGCCCUCGGGAAGCAAAACAGCCGAGAGCGAAGAAAACCGAUAAGACGAAAUCAGGGAUGCCUGCUGGUGCACUUAACAAGUUUGUGCGAGCGACAAAGCCUCAUGCUACAUCUACGGCAGCUUCAAAAACGACUGUUACAAAGGAAAGUAAAACCACUUCGCCGACCCGUGCAACAAGAACCCGCCGCCUACGCAUACCGUCACCUUUGGAGCCAAGUAAGCAACCUAUGUCCACCUCGGAGAGCCACACCAGGCAGACUGCAACCCCUUGGUCACUUGCCAGCUCACAGGUGACGCCUAGGACCCGAAGCUCUACAGACGGAUCACAGCAGGCGAUUGUUAUCACAUCUAGUCCGCCCUGCGCAGCAGAGUCGCCUCCCCCUUCGCCAUCACCACCGCCAAGGGCUCGUGCCUCUGCUUCUCAGCGACAGUCUGGCACGGUGCAUACAACUGUUGCCUCGAGCGGUUCUCCGCAAAGGUUGAAAGAUACCACGCGAAGUAGCAUACGUUCGAUGCAAGCAGCUUCUUCUCAGUCGUCCCAGCCAGCUAAGUUAAAGCAGACUUCCAUGGACAUGUUCACUAGAAAGUCCAAGAACCCGAGCUACUCCCAGCCUUCUCUCACAAAGCCUGCAACUCGGCCCUCACCUCCCAGACGACAACCCAAAGCAAAGGCAACUUUUGACGAUGACUUUGAUAGCGACUCAUCUGAUCUUGUUCCACUCUCGUCCCUCGUCUCCCGCGCCUCCGCAUCUCCUGACAAGCGACAACAAGAGUAUCCUCCACCAACCCGAAACUCAACUCCCAGCCCUGUCCCUGCGCGGAAGAAGAAGUUACUCAUCCCAAGGGCCAGCGCUGUUGGUUUCUUCAAAGAGGUCGAGGUAGACGCCGAAGAGCGGGAUGAGUUGAUAGCUAGGGAGACAGCAGCUCUGCAGCGUAAAGGGGUCAGAGCGAACGUUGUUCGGGUGAGCGAUGUUGGAUUUAUAGACUUGACGCAGGAUGAUGAUUAA